AUGCAGAAGUCACUACGUCGCGAACUCGAUUCGCUAUCCCUAUCCACCAACUACGAGAAUGAGAAUCCACUCAACGUUCUUCUCCCUGCAUACGAAACGCUGUGGAGAAUUGUUUUACGUUGUUUCCUCGAGAUUUCGUUUCGUCACUCGUCUGAUACUGCGGCUGAAUGGAAAGAUGUUCUCUCUCGAUUUCUGAUGAAUAUUACAGCCGAGCAAUUUAGCAAACGAAUAGGAAGAUGUUCAGCUCAAGACAUAGUCUUUGAAGCUCUGCGUUUGUAUCCACCGACCAAGAGGAUUUAUCGUCAGAAUGAAGACAAUGGCUUAAUCUUCGCGGUCGAUGUUGAGUAUAUACAAAAGACUGAAGACAUAUGGGGAACGGACGGGAAUGAGUUCAGACCUGAACGAUGGAAUGAAUUGGAGAGUAACGGUAACACUGAAUACAAGGAAGCAUGGAUGCCGUUUGGGAAAGGUAAGUUUCCAUGCCCAGCAUCGAAGAUGGCACCAAUGAUGGUUGGAAUGUUGGUCGGGUGUUUGAUUGAUACAUUUGACAGUGAUCAUUGGGUUCUGGAAGGUGAGGGUGUGAAGGAUGUGAUAUCAAGAGGAACACCGUUGGAUAAUGGGAGGGAGGCAUUUGGGUGUUUAUCAUUGAGACGAUUUAAUGAUAAAUAG